GUGUAGAUGUGAGUGCAGCAGCACGCACAGCUACAUCAGCCUGGAUACUGAGUUAAUGUUGGACAUGGAGCACUUUGACCAUCAGUAAACUAUCACUGAAGGAAAUCAUGGGGGACAGCGUUGAUGUCAAGGCUCUGAGGGCCAAAUUCAACAGCAAAUCCAGCACCUCGGACACCAGCAGCCGGGACAGUGGCUCACCAAAAUCUCCUCGACCUGGAUUUGGGAGAUCCAUUCUUCCAGUGACAGAGAGCGAACUGCCACAGAGACUGUCACCAACAGUUCCUACUCAUCUGGCUGGCCCAGGCUUAGUGAGGCUCCCUAGAAUAGAGCCAAUGGCUGCUUCCAUCCCCCCGAGACCUGGUUCUUUCCCUCGACCGCCUCCCUAUGCUGGACUCAGAGCGCCCAUUCAGCCAGCAGAUCCCACCAAAGUCAAGCAGACGGGGGAGAUGCUACAGAGCAUGAUGCUGAGGCAUCAGAGACCCCCGGUCCCCCAGGUACCCCGGCCAGGAGCUGGAAGCCCAGCUCCUGUUCCAUCACCUGUCUCUACUCCUCUUCCACUCAGACAGCAGCCACGACAGAGGAGCGCGGGGGAAGUGACCCCACUGAGGAGGCCUCUGCCCCCUGAAGGGCCGAUGCCUGUGAAACCCAAAAGACCUCCCAGUGUCAACUUGGAGCCAUUUCGGAAGCACAAGAAACCUCCUCCUCCUCAAAGGAAGAGUGACCCCUCAGCGAACAGAAGGCUGUCUUUACCCACAGUGGUCAAUCCUCCAAAACCUCCACAACGGUCUGACAAACCCAACAGACUGCAGCGACAGAUUGCCUCUGCGGACCUGGACGAAGAGGAACAGGAUCCCUACGAUGAUAUUGGCAUUGACAAAAAUGAGAACUGCAGCGAUCACAAUUCACAGUGUGUCGAUGGGGAUGAUGAUGAGGAGGUAUAUGAGAUGAUUGAUGAGGACCAGGGAGAAGCGAACAUGAAAGAAGCAUGGAAGCAACAGGAGAAGAAAAAAAUGAAUGAGCUGAGGAAGAAAUUUCAGUUGCUAGGCGAGAUAGAGGUUAUUCACACAGCCAAAGUCCGCCGCGACUGGAAUGGGGAAGGGACACUGGACCUGAGCGUGCACCAGGGAGACAGUGUGGAGAUCCUCCGUGUGACGGAUACCCCAGGAGGCAAAUGGCUGGCCCGCUCUAUGAAUGGAAACUAUGGAUACAUCAGCAACUCAUGUGUGGAUAUUGACUAUGAAGCAGUGAAGAUUAAACACGGGUACAAAAGAUCAAACCCAUCAGGGUUACCCCCACCACCCCCAGACCCACCACAGCUCUCAAAUAUGGAGUCCAACAACAGAGACAGCAUGCUUGAAGAUGAUGAUGACUAUGAUGAUGUUCAACCAAUAACUGAAGAGUUCCCACCCCCGCCACCUGAAAUCAGCAUAGACCCCAAAGUGGAGAAGGAUCUAAAAAAAAAAUUUAAGUAUGAUGGACCAAUCAAAGUGCUACACACCAUGAUGGUGAAUCCUAACUCCAUCAUAAAGAAACCAGGAGCAAAAGAUCUGCCUGUGACACAAGGAGAGCUCUUGGAUGUCAUCCAACUCACCAACAACAAGAAAGCUCUGUGUCGCAACAGAUUUGGGAAAUAUGGCUACGUGUCCAGAUCUCUUCUUCUUCAAAUGGAGCAAGAUAUUUAUGAUGAUGUUGACUAUGCAGAUGAUGUCUACGACAACGAUUCUCUGCAAAAUGAUUAUUAAAACAGGUCAAACUAAACAUACAAGAGAGAAAAAGAAACAAACGGCUACAUUUUUUGAGCUCUUUCAAACUUUGAAAAUCAAGUAAAGACAGAAUCCUUGUGGAUACAGAUGCUUUAUUCAAUUUCACGAACUGCAGAAAUGUGUUGAAAAUUCACAGAUUUGUGGAGUUUUUGCAGCUUUUUCGUGCUUUACAGAUGUGAAGAUGUGCAUUUCUUUCCAGCUCUCAAACAAACUAAGCUUUGUAAAAGUUCAAACUGAGUUCAACUGUGUAACUAUGCAAACUGACAAAAUCAACUAUUUUACAUAUGAAUAUAAUAAUUUAUAAUUACUUGUUUUUCAUCCAGAAAAGGUCACACACAAUAGGACUGUGUAAACAAACUUGUUUUGAAAGCCUACACUCACCGGCUACUUUAUCACCCAUUCAGCUGGUCGUUAAUAUCUGAUCACAUGAUCACUAAAUGCUCAUUGCAUUUAGGGCACGUAGAGAUGAUCCAGCCAACCUGCUGAAGUUCAAACUGAGAACCAGAAUGGGGAAGAAAGGGGAUUUAAGAGAAUUUCAAAGUGGCAUUCAGAAACUGCUGAUCUAUUUUCUCACACACCCAUCUCUAGGGUUCCGCUCUAAGGUGUAAAAGAGAAACUAUCCAAUGAGCAGCAGUUCUCCGAGCAAAAAUGGCUUGUUGAUUCCAAAGCUCAGAGGAAAAUGGCCAGACUGCUUUGAGCUGAAGGCAACAGUAACUCAAAUAAUCACUUGUUACAAACAGCGAAUGCAGAAGAGUGUCUCUGAAUACACAACAUGUUGAACCUUGAAGCAGAUGGGCUACAGCAGCAGAAGACCACACUGGUUGCUACUCCUAUCAGCUAAGAACUGAUGCUAGAAUUAGCAUGAGCUGACUAAAACUGGGCAAUAUUGUUACCUACUUUGAUGAGUGUUUCCCACUUUAUGGAUGCGCAGCCGACAAAUCUGUUGCAACUGUGGGAUGCUGUCAUGUCAAAAUGGACUAAAAUCUCUGAGGAAUGUUUCCAGUACCUUGUUGAAUCUGUGCCGUGAAGAGUUAAGACAUUUCUGAAGGAAACAAGGGGAGCAACUCAAUAUUAGCGGUGUACCUAAUAAAGUGGCCAGUGAGUGUAAGUAUAUACAGAUGUGCCAUUUGCUGAGGGUUAACAAACCCAUUAUUUCAUUGUUUGUCAAACUGCAUGUAUAGAAAAUAAAUACACUAUUACUGCUGAUGUGUGUAUUUUUGACCCU